UGAAGUGGCCCCCGACUCCACUCGGCUCGUCGCCCCAUGGGACUGUCAAAACUUGCUUCGUGCGUCUGGAUGAAACAACGCCCGCCAUCGAUUAGGAUCCGUAUCGAGGACUUCGCCGGGAUCAACCAUGGUUUUAGUGAACCAUGUGGCUCACAGAAUCCUGACUUACUUCCCAUAUGUUCUUGUUUUGCUUGAUCUGCGAUACGAAGGGGCUGACUGCGGCCGGGACGGCGAUGUGGAAAACCAUCUGGAGAUGGGGAAGAAGCUCCUCGCCGCCGGCCAGCUGGCCGAUGCCCUCUCUCACUUUCACGCUGCUGUUGAUGGAGAUCCCCAAAACUACAUGGCCUUCUACAGGAGAGCAACAGUUUACCUAGCCAUGGGGAAGUCCAAAUCUGCACUGCCGGAUCUGAGUCGAGUCGUGGAACUUAAGCCAGACUUUACAUCUGUAAGGCUUCAGAGAGGAAAUCUCCUUCUGAAGCAGGGGAAGCUGGAUGAAGCGGAGAGUGACUUCAAGAAAGUGCUCAAGUCCAACCCCAGUGACAAAGAGGAACGGGAGGCCCAGAGUCAGCUGACUAGGUCAGAUGAGAUUCAGCGAUUAGUGACACAGGUGCACAGCGACUUCGACAAGGAGGAAUAUGUGAAAGCUGCUGCUCAGCUAGACACCAUCAUUGAGACAUGCGUCUGGGAUGUGGCUUCUCGUGAGCUGCGAGCUGAAUGUUUCAUUCGGAUGGGAGAGACAGGGAAGGCCAUCAGUGACCUCAAAGCCGCCUCCAAGCUGAAGAAUGACAACACCCAGGCCUUCUACAAGCUCAGCACCAUUUACUAUAACCUUGGAGACCACGAGAUGUCCCUCAAUGAGGUACGUGAAUGUCUGAAGCUGGACCCUGAUCACAAGCAGUGUUUCAGUCACUACAAGCAGGUGAAGAAACUCAGCAAACAAAUCCAGUCUGCAGAGGAACUUAUCCAGGAACACAGGUACGAGGAUGCAGUGACAAAAUAUGAGGCGGUGAUGAAGACUGAGCCUAACGUGUUCCAUUACUCCCUCCACGCCAAAGGGCGCAUCUGCCAUGCGCUUGUACAGGGCCAGCAGGCCAGCAAAGCGAUCUCGGUGUGCAGUGAGGUCCUCCAGUCAGACCCAGAGAAUGUCAACAUACUGAAGGACAGAGCCGAGGCCUACAUCCAAGAUGAGCAGUACAAUGAAGCUAUAAAGGACUAUGAGACUGCUGGUCGUCACGACGAGAAUGACCGCCAAAUUAAAGAGGGACUCGAGAGAGCCCAGCGGCUCCUGAAGCAGUCUCAGAGGAAGGACUACUACAAGAUCCUGGGUGUGAAGAGAAAUGCCCAGAAAAAGGACAUUAUUAAGGCCUACAGGAAGCUGGCCCAGCAGUGGCACCCCGACAACUUCCGGGACCCGGAGGAGAAGAAAAAGGCAGAGAAGAAGUUCAUAGACAUUGCUCAGGCCAAAGAGGUGCUCACUGACCCAGAGAUGAGAACGAAGUUCGACCACGGGGAAGACCCGAUGGACCCAGAGAGCCAGCAAAGAGGUCACCACCAUUUCCACGGAGGAUUCCAGGGUUUCCAGGGUUUCAACCCCUUCGGCUCCGGACCUUUCGGCUUCAAAUUUGGCUUCAACUGAUGAAGCUCCUGGCCAGCGAAGAUGGAGAUAAUAAUUUUUUCUGCUCUUAUUUCCAUUUGCCUCCCUGUUUUUAGGGAAACGCUGGCGGGAUGAAUGCCAGCUCAUAAAAACUCGAUAAGUUGGAGGAAACUGUGACUUAUUUGCAGAGAAUACUCUUGACGUGUCUUUGUUGUUGACCAAUGUAAAAUGUGGGAUCUCGCUCGCUGAAAAAGUCUGUUGCUAUGCUAACAAAUGUCUGCCAUGUUUGAAGCGGCUCCUUUUUGCAGGGAUUUUUAAUUACGAGUAAAGCGUUAAUUCCGAAGCAACACUACAUCCUGUCGGUGUGUUGUUCACUCUCAAAAUUCACAUUAAGAUUAAUUUGUACAUAAGUACAGCGCUAUUUUUAUAUGGAGUCUUUCUGAAUUGUAAAUAAAGAUGUAUUUAUGAGUGUUCAUUUCA